AUGGUCACUUACUCAUAUCAGGGGGAAGGUGGAAAUAGGGUUAUCACUCUCUCAUGUCUAACUCUCGCAGCCAUGAUAUCAUGCACCGCUCAACCCCCCCCCUCCACCUCUGCUCACGAUUUGGUCGGCCACAUUCGAAUACUGGCGACACGUAUAAUCAGAUGGACAGCACGGCACGGCUUUUGGGCGAAGCGUCGUUCGGAGAUGACAGCUAAUGUCUUGUGGGACGUUCUAGAGUCACCCUUCCCACUAUAACCUCUUCGAGAACUGGAGCGUCACUAUGUCUUGUGGGUAGUGAGGGCAAAGAGGAGAUGGAAAGGAUCGUCGGAGGUUGUCUGUUGUGUGGACGGUGAGUAAAUGGGCUUUGGAAGGUAUAGAAACACGUCAAGAAAUGUCCCCACCGCAGCACUUUGUCAGCCAAUCAGAUAAGGGUCCGCACUUGCGACUACGACUGCAACCAACCAACCAGCCAAUUGGAGCCCGACUUCGCUUGACCCUACACCCCUGAACCCUUCAUCUCGUUCAGGGCAAGUGACAGACAAUACGUUGUCCCUGCUGAAUGCAGGGACCAGUCGUGACUAUUACUCGUUUCACGAUAAUGGCAAAGUCACACCUCCCAGGGCUAUGGAUUUUGUUGUUCAGGUCAAGGGGGUAGCGAGUUCGUCACGAUGAAUGAAAGCUAGACUCGAAGCCUUACGAGAUGCCUGUUGGUGACUACGGAGGACCACAGGGUACUCAUUCCACAAUUACCCACUCUAAUCCAUCUCCUUGCUACCAAUAGUCAUGCACUUCACCGACUGGUGCCAAGUCCCCGCCAGCCCCCUCUUCGCUGCCAUUCCUGCUGAUAUGUAAGCAAAAAUACGCCGAGCAAUCAGAUUCCCCCACCUUACCCCCGAAAAACGCCAAUAGGCCAAUCACCAGUACCCCAACUCCAACCGCUGCAGCCGCGAUAGCAGUGUCGACAUCGGCCCGUCGGCGACUCCUUCGGAGGGAGUCUUCUUCCUGCUCCUCGCGGGUACGGAUGUGUGCGGCUUGAGAUUCAAGGUCUAAGAAGAUUGGAGGGAUAACCGCUGAGGUGUUGGGAGAAGGAGAGGAGGAAGUUUUCAUGAGUGGGGUGAAUUCUGACAUUGGUUGUGGUGGUGGCAAGGAGGGGGUUGGUAGAAAAUGGGUGAUCUGAAGAGUGUUAAAAUUUCCUCCUCUGGUCUGAGGAUGACGUUUGAUCACCCGGACCAUUGAGUACGUGGUCUCGGGGAACAAGCAGUGUUAAUAGCUAGCAUACAGUAUCUGUGGGUGUUAUAUGUUUAAUAUGGGAAGAGCUGUUUAGAAC